GAAGCGAAGCGGCGGGUUUUAACGUCAAGGAAGGAAACAGCUUUAUAAAACACGACUAAUGAGUUCCACAGACGAGUAAAGGUGCUGCGUGUCUCCGGGACGAUGCUGUGUUUGGCGGGAAACGGGACGAGGGCGUCGCUGUCUUUACAAAAGCUGUGCGUCCUCUCGCUGCUCCACAUGAGGCGCCUCUCUGCAGGACCGGGUCCUCCGGCCCCUCCCCCGCUGGCGGACCCCCCCGAGUGCUCCGGACCAGACCCCGCCCCCCACGGCCCGCCGCCGGCCCCCGCCCACUGCUGCAUGAGCGGCUGUCCCAACUGCGUGUGGAUCGAGCACGCGGAGCAGCUGCUGAGCUUCUACCACGACGGGGGCGGCCGGGCGCUCGCCGCCAUCGAGGAGAACGUCCUGGACGAGAACCUCAAGGCCUACCUGAAGAUGGAGAUCAGGCUCAUGAAGAAGACGUGAGGUGUGUUGCCGUGACGACGUCCACCUCGUCCUCGCGGGGCCGACUCCAGCUGAUGAAGAGGAACUGACUCUGCUGGUGGUUUCUGUUGUUGUGACAUUUAUCUGGAGGUUUUCCCUCCGUUUCACAGCGUCGUGCCAGAAACCAGAGCCAUCCGCUUUGGUUGAACUUUAUUCCUUGAGGUGCCGACAUGGAGGAUUAUUUAAAGUUUGUGUUGAUGAAGAACAUUUGUUUUGGAGCCUCGGUCAAAAAUCCAUUUGGUUUUAUUUUCUGGAUUUUUUUGCUUUAUGUAUUUAAUGCGUGAAGCACGUUUUUGUUUUAUUGGUCAGAAGCUUGAACUGAAGUUGUGUUUUAAAUUAUGUGUUUUAAAUGUAUUUAUUACGAGUGGUUAAAUAAAUGUUUCCGAGAGCAAAAGAUUUCCUUUUGACUUUGGACAGAUGCGUCCGUUGCCAUGACGAGAACGUGUUUCAGUUAUCGGUUAAUAUAUAUGUAUACAAAUAAAUCUAUGUAUAUGUGUAUAUAUUUAUA